AUGGCAUUGCAAGCCCUUGUGGCCUCACAACAUUGUUGUGCUGUGUGCGCCUUGCGGCUGCGAGGAUGCCAGGAGGUGGCGUCAUACCAACAGGUUCUGGGUUCCUCAGGCGACGAAAAUGCCAACGAAUCCUGCGGUUUAUGCCUGGGACUGCUGCGUGCCUGGCAGGAGCCCCUUCGAGCACUUCUGUCGGAGGAACCCAAACUGGAAGGUGAGUAUCUGUUGAGUAUCGAUCUGCCAGUGGUGGGAGUGCUGCGAGAGCAGAUUCUCCUUGCACUGGCUGAAGAGGAGGCGACUGUGGUCGAGUUGAAGGACUUGUUGCAGUGGCUCGCUCAAGAGGAACUAGGUUCAAGGGGUUUCGUUCAGGCAAAGGAGCCCCUGAAAGCUGACGUUUUCACCAUCCAUGCCACAGGUGACUACUCUGGCAGCGGAACCGAGAUUUUGCAGUCUUUGCAAACUCCCAGGAGCGGCACAAGCCGGCCAUCCAAAAAGCGGCGACGCGAGGAGCCACCAGCCACUUUGACCGCAUCAGCUGCGACCAAGGCGUUGAGUGGUCUUAGCAAAGACGAGCUCAAAACAAAGUUGGGCCUUGGAGAUUUGAGCGAAGGCCUUCAACGUCCAAGUACGUCGGCCACCCUUCGGCUGCAGAUCUGCCGUGAGGGUUUCUUCAUUCGUGGCAGAUAUUUGAAGCUCUCACGGAGAUUGCCACAAUCACCUUGGGUCAUCGAAGGGGAGCGGAAAGGAGAUGGCUCGGUGGAGGAGGACAUCACGACGCCAGUGGCGAAGUACUUUGGAGCAUCUGAGGUUCGCUUUCAUGCAGAGGGCAGAGAGGACAUUGACGUGCGAAUGCUGGGCCCUGGCCGACCCUUUGUGCUGGAGGUGAAGAACGCUCGACAUCUCUCUAUAAAGCUGGCAGAAGUGCAAAGCGCAGUGAAUGCGGCAGGUGAUCGAGUGGAAAUUUCAGAGCUGCGAGAAUGCCAGGCCAAAGACAUGGCAUGCUUGCAGCGGGACGCUGAGAACCACCGGAAGAGGUACUUGGCUGUGUGUUGGAGUGAGAAAUGCUUGUCCAGGAAGGAUGUGGAGCAGCUGAACCAGAGAGGACCAUUUGAGGUGCAGCAAAAGACGCCUGUGCGGGUGUUACAUCGCCGCGCUUUGGCGACCAGGCCAAGGACGGUCUACGCCUUGAAGAUGGAGGUCAUUAAUCAACACUACUUCAAGCUGCAAGUUUGUGCGCAGGCUGGCAUGUACAUCAAGGAGUUUGUGCAUGGCGACCUGGGUCGAACCAAACCCUCCAUGAGAAGCUUCCUCCAGGGGCAAGUAGAAAUUUUGCAGCUGGACGUGGAAGGUGUUGAGGAGGAAGAUGCCGAGAAGUGA